GUCGCGAAACACACGUAUUUUCGAUUUUUCUUAUCAAUUUAGCGACAAUGUGUUUAAGAUUUGUGAGAACGAUUUUCCGAUUUUGAUGAAAGAUUUCUUUCUCGAUAUAAUUUUCAUUUUAUAAGUUUCUAAAAGUUUAUUUACGUUUUCGACUAAGUGAAAACUCAGUUUCCGAGUUAUUUCCAAAAAUCUGGUGAUUAGAACUUCUUCUUAACUACAGUUGAAUAGCGUGAUUUUGCUUCCUUGUUGUGUAUGAAAGAACCAUCGUUGAAGACACUAAAUUAGGAGAUCGAAGCCCCUCAGUGAAAGGACUUCGAUGCGAGGAUCAUGUCCGCUGGCCAGUUGGAUUUCGGAAAAUCGUACGAAUCCUCAAGCAUCAGCCCGAAGACUUCAAGGUUCCAAACGAAGAAUUAAUCAAAAGAGGAUAAAAUUAGAUAAUCCAUCAAUCGACAAAAAUAAGAAAAUAUAUAUCAAGGAGACGAACAAAAAAAUUUCCAAUGAUGACAUCGUGCAGAUAGCAGAAAAGGGUUGUCACUACGCGAUGAAGAAGGAGAACCUCCUCAAAUUUGUUCAGCUAUCAAAAUUAUUGGAAAAUUCCCAAGAAACUCAAGAUGAAAACUCUGAUGAUGAAGACUGGGAUGAAUAUAUUCAAUGGAAAAAUGAAGAAUUGAAUUUGUCUAAGUCAAUUUUAUCAAGUUUAGAUUGAUUCAAGGCCGUAGCUAGAAAAAAAUUUCGGGAGGGAUAUUCCAGAAUAUUUUUGUUCAUGUUGACACAAUUUCACUUGUUUUUUCAAUAAGGAUCAUUUGAAAUGAAGAUUGUUAUUAUUGUUAUUGAUUAAUUGAAAUUUAUUUCAUAACUGUAUCAUAAGUUAAUCAUGGGCUUUAGGAGUCGAUAAUUUGUGAUGUGUAUAAAAACCUUCUGUAAAUAUAAAUUAAAAUAAAAUAUAAUUCAUAUAAAAAAGAUGUAAUUUAUUUUCAUACUUUUAAUUUUUCAAUAUGAUAUAUAAUACAGUGCUAUUUAAUAGUAUUCUUUCAAUUCAAUUCUCAAAAUUCAUAAGAAAUGAAACCUUAAUAUAUUCAAAUUGAAUUUGUUAUGUUUUGUACACUAGCGCAACGGAAGGGGGGCUUGAGAAUAUCUGAAUCUACUGAUUUUCGACGAGCAACUUCACCGUUCACAUUCAAGUUGUAUUGGCUGCCUCCCCAGUUCAAAUUUUUUUGUUAUAUCAAAUCAACAAUACGAGGUCAUACGUUAUAGAAUUAAAUUUAAAUUUUCAAGAACGCAACUCCAAAAAUAUUGCUGCUUGUCUUCGACAUAAAGAAGCAGGUAUAUCAAUAUAAAAUUUGAAAUAGUAUUAUUUCCAAUUCUUCAACUUUUUUCCGUUGUUUUCGCAAAAUAAUUUGUUUUAAAAUUUGAUACAUAUUCUAUUUCGACUUUGUAAUUUCAUUUUCAUUGACUACAAAAUUUUUCUUGUUAUGAAUAAAUAAUAUUUAAACAACAUUCCUAAUUUGAAAUUGUUGCUGAAUAAUUAUUUUUCUUAUAUAUAGGUAAAGAUCCUCUAAAAUCGGAUAACAAUUGAAGAAAUUAUUUGCUCAUUAAAUCCUCCUUAACUAUUUACCUUGAUAUAACAAUUAUUAACGUCUCAUUGAAUUCGGGGCGAACUACCUCUUAUUGGCCACUGACCAUUUCUUCUUCUUCCUAUUCAUCAUUAACCCCGAAAUCAUUAUUUUGUUAGUUGUUAGUUGCUCACAAGUCACAUAGCAUCGUGUUCUGUGGAGGGUUGUAAUACAUAGUUUGUGAAUAUUUGAAAUAAGUGUUGUUAUGGUGAUUAUGGAAAUGAAGAACUUCGAGUGUUCUGGAUUUUCUCCUCCAAAAAAUCAGGAAGUGAAAAAACGUAAAAGAGAAUGUAAGUUUAUUCAAAUUGCUCAAUACGAAAUUAACGGAAAUACAUAUAUAAAAUAGCGAAAGUGUAUUUGCAAUAUUUUUGGAUUUGAGAAAAACAGUUUACACUCAUUAUUGCUUUUAAUAGUUUUGAUUAGUGAUAUAUAAUAAAUAUAAACUACGUUUAUUUUUCACAUUUUGACGAGCAUAUAAAAUGCCUUUU